CGGCGCUGUUGUUUAUGGAGCUUCGGGCGGGGGCUGCGUCCGCCGUCUCGCCCCCUGCCCGCCGCCCGGGCCAUGCCAUGCCACCCCAUCUGGGCGCCCAGCGGCUGCCGCCCCGCCUCGGACCCUGAAGCAGGAGGUGCGGGCGGCGGGGCCGGCGCGGGAGCCUGGGCGGCGGACCCAGUACUAUGGCUGUGUACUGCUAUGCGCUCAAUAGCCUGGUGAUCAUGAAUAGCGCCAACCAGGCGAAGAGCGGCGGCGGCGGCGGCCCCCGGCCCAGCGGCAGCGAGACGCCCCCGUCGCCCGGCAGGGUGGUGCUGAGCCCCGGCAGCGUUUUCAGCCCCGGGAGAGGCGCCCCUUUCCUCUUCCCUCCGGCCGAGUCCUUGUCGCCCGCGGAGCCCGGCAGCCCCGGGAGCUGGCAGAGAGGCCGGCGCAGGCUCCACAGUGGCAGCGGCAGCGGCGGCAGCGGCAGCAGCGUGGGCAGCCCUAGUUGGACAGGUCGCCCUCGAGGGGACGGGCAGCAGGUGGGACCCGCCGGGCUCCUCUCCCCUCUGGGGCCCGAGGAGGCCAAGAGGAAGCUGCGGCUCCUGCAGCGCGAGUUGCAGAACGUGCAGGUGAACCAGAAAGUGGGCUUGUUCGAGGCGCACAUCCAGGCGCAGAGCUCCGCGGCCCUUGCGCCCCGCAGCCCGCGCUUGGGCAGGGCGCGCUCGCCUUCCCCGUGCCCAUCCCGCAGCAGCAGCCAGCCCCCAGGACGCGUCCUGGCUCAGAUCGAGGAACGGAGGACCAAGUCCUGGGGGGACCAAUAUCUAGAGACUUCACAAACCGAUUCUGGGAGGACAACCGGGGCGCCCGGCCCGUGUCUCUCCAAGGACAAGGAGGCGGUGGCGCCUCUCCUCUUCCCAGCUGCUCCUUCAGAGCCUAGGGCUCAGGAUCCAGCUGCCUCGGUGAGAAGAGAGAAGCUGAACCCUGCCAGACCCCUCUGUGGCUCCCCUACGGCUGUGGAGGUUGACAAGAGGGUCGCCCCCUCUUUGGGGACGCAGAGCUGCCAAGCUCUGGUAGAACCUGCCGGAGACGUGCCCGCCAGAGCCCCAUGCCCCAAGCCACCCCGGGCACCCCACCCUGUCACGGUGGAGCCGUCGUCGUCGGAACAAGACUGUCAGCUUGGGGAUGCACGCCCCAGACAGGCCUCAGUGGAGAGUCAGGCUCGGUCUCCAGGCUCAGAGACAAGUCCAGCCCCAGAGAGGGAAGUGUCUCAGGGUGGUGAGCCCCCUGGGAAGGUGGAGGAAGGAAGUCUUUCCUGUGGAAUGCUGGGCUUCAGGGUACCUGUAACUGAGGAAAGGCCGGAGACCCCCACUGUGAAUGUACAGGAGUCUUCAGAGACCUUGGGAGGGUUCAGACCCUCUAAAGGCCUGAGCCAUGUAGACCCCAAGAGAACCCAGAGUGAAGCUUCAGUGGUCCCUGUGCCUAGGCAGCGCUACCAAAGCUUGCAGGAGGGAUCCCCCUCCCAGGACUUGCUUGGGGGCAGCCAGGCAGCACAGCCAGCAGCAGCAGCCCUGGAGGUGGAGAAGGGAAUUCCCUCUGGCAGAAUGCCCUGCUGGGAAACAGCAAAAGAUCUGGAACAACCUCAGUACCUGCCCAGGGAUGGAAUGGCUGUGCAGCCAGGGAGCACCAGGGCUUGGCCAGGUUCUGUGGAAAAAGCCAGUCUGACCUGGACGUGUGGCUCAGGCCUGCAGUCGGAGGAGAUGUGGGAAGGCCAGCGGCAGGACAGAGACUCGCACCCCAGUACAGAGCUGCUUUCUGCAGAUGAGAAGGACCGGCAUGCCCCGAGUGAGGCUUGCAUCUGCAGCAACAUACCUGCCGUCAUCAUUACAGACAUGGGUGCCCCAGAGCCAGGGCUCGCAGAGGAGGCACAGGGACCCCCGCCGGGUACCCUACCCCUGAGGAAGCUGUCUUCAUCCUCUGCCUCCUCCACUGGCUUCUCUUCCUCCUAUGAGGACUCGGAGGAGGACAUCUCCAGUGAUCCUGAGCGCUCCCUGGAUCCCAACUCAGUCUUUUUGCAUACCUUGGACCAGCAGAAACCCAGAGUGAGCAAAUCAUGGAGGAAAAUAAAGAACAUGGUGCACUGGUCUCCUUUUGUCAUGUCCUUCAAGAAGAAGUACCCCUGGAUCCAGUUGGCAGGACAUGCAGGGAGCUUCAAGGCAGCUGCCAAUGGCAGGAUCCUGAAGAAGCACUGUGAAUCGGAGCAGCGCUGCUUGGACCAGCUAAUGGCCGAUGUGCUGCGGCCCUACGUGCCCGCCUACCAUGGGGAUGUGGUCAAGGACGGCGAGCGCUAUAACCAGAUGGACGAUCUACUGGCUGACUUCGACUCACCGUGUGUGAUGGACUGCAAGAUGGGUGUAAGGACUUACCUGGAGGAGGAGCUCACCAAGGCCCGGAAGAAGCCCAGCCUCCGGAAAGACAUGUACCAGAAGAUGGUCGAGGUGGACCCUGAGGCCCCGACUGAGGAAGAAAAAGCGCAGCGGGCUGUGACUAAGCCUCGGUACAUGCAGUGGAGAGAGACCAUCAGCUCCACGGCCACCCUGGGCUUCAGGAUCGAGGGCAUCAAGAAAGAAGAUGGCUCCGUGAAUCGCGACUUCAAGAAAACCAAAACGAGGGAGCAGGUCACAGAGGCCUUCUGGGAGUUCACACAAGGGAACCCGAAUAUUUUGAUCGCCUACCGGGACCGGCUGAAGGAUAUUCGGGCCACUCUGGAGAUUUCUCCCUUUUUCAAGAGCCAUGAGGUCAUCGGCAGCUCGCUCCUCUUCAUCCACGACAAGAAGGAGCAGGCCAAGGUGUGGAUGAUCGACUUUGGGAAAACCACACCCCUGCCUGAGGGCCAGACCCUGCAGCACGAUGUGGCCUGGCAGGAGGGGAACCGGGAGGAUGGCUAUCUGUCGGGCCUGGACAACCUCAUCAGCAUUCUGGCAGAAAUGUGCACAGGGACCGUGCCCACCUGAGGCCGAGGCGACCCUGUGCACCCCCAGCCUCCUUCCCACCCCAUCCCAACUUCCUUUGUUUCUCUUCCUCAGUUCUCCCCCUUGCUGGCCCCAGAGCCUGCCCUCCCGAGCUGCACUACAGGACACGAAAUGGCUCUGGUCACUUUCCGGGUGCGGGGGCUGCCACUGCUUUUUGUAAAUAGGAUCCUCUCCCAGAAGAGACACCUCCAAGCCCCUAGGAUGCUUUUAGUGGGGUCACUGGUGUUCCCAUGUGGAAGAAGGGUGGUGGCCCUGGGAAGAACCUAAUCUCCAAGCCCAGCCUCUGAGCAGGCCAGUUAUGGGGGCCUGCUGCCACCUGGUGGCCAAGUUCACU